CAUCAAAAUAUUAUGUGCGUUGUAAAAAUUUUAAAUUCCGAAAUUAAAUCGUUAUUAUUCUUAGAAUUUUUGACAAACUCAUUUCAACUUGCAGCAAGUCUUCUUAAUGCAAUGCAGAUGAGUUUUAGCUUCGUACUAUUUUUUAAUUUCGCCUUUUUGACACAGAGAGUUGUAGAAAUAAUGCUCCUCCAUGGAUCUGCUGAUGCAAUAAAAUCAGAGAGUUUAAAAUUAUCGGAUGCUAUAUAUGAAUCGAAAUGGAACGAAUUUGACAAGAAAUGUACGGAUUUAUUGCGACUGAUGCUUCGUGUCAGUCAGAGGCCACUUUUAAUUACCAUUGGUUCAUUCGGGGAAAUGUCACUUCAACCAGCCAUAAAAAUCUUUAAGGGUGCAUACAGUAUUGUUACAUUUUUUCAACAUGGAAGGAACAAAUAAUUUCUACAGUUAUAGACAUUAAAUUAGAUGUACCUGUAAUAAAAUAUUUCACUUUUUAUCCA